CAGGCAGUCAGAAGGCAGAGUGUGUGUGUGUGUGUGUGCGUGUGAGUCAGCCUGUAUUUAAACGCCACACCCAGCCUCGUCCUGGCUCAUAACGGAGCUGCUGCUGUGUCUCUAAAGGUAAGAACUCAUCAGAGUGAGCGGAGAUAUCGGAGAGCUUUAGCAGCAGGAAGGAUUUACGACUUUUCUUCUUUUUUCUACUUCAAAGAGUCAAAAAAGGACGAAUCAGGUGAAUCCAUCAUGGCGCUGGUGUCUGAGUUUCUGGGUCAGCUGACGCUGUCGUACAGCGGGGAACCAGAGCCCAAAUACCCCACCGUGGUGCCGGCCCGAGACUUCGACCCGGCCCGUGAUGCUGCCAGGAUUGACACGGCCAUUAAAACCAAAGGUGUGGACGAACAGACCAUCAUCGACAUCCUGACGAGACGGAGCUGCGAGCAGCGCAGAGAGAUCGCCUUUGAAUAUGAACGAUUCGCCAAGAAGGAUCUGGUCAGUGCCCUGAAGGGGGCGCUAUCCGGUUCUCUGGAGGCUCUGAUUUUGGGUCUGAUGAAGAGCACCGCUCAGUAUGACGCCUGGGAGCUCAAAGCCUCCAUGAAGGGACUGGGGACCGACGAGGAGACCUUAAUCGAGAUCGUCUGCUCCAGGAACAAUGAAGAACUAGCUGACAUCAAGAGGGUUUACAAAGAAAUGUUUAAGAAGGACUUAGAGAAAGACGUAGCAGGAGACACGUCGGGAAACUUCGCUAAACUGCUGCUGGCUCUGGUUCAGACAAGACGAGAUGAACCUUCGAAUGUCGUCGACUAUGAGAAGAUUGAUGAGGAUGCCAGAGCUCUGUAUGAAGCCGGAGUGAAGAGGAAGGGAACCGACGUGGUGACCUGGAUCGAAAUCAUGUCUCAGAGGAGCGUCCCCCACCUGCAGAAAGUGUUUGAGCGGUAUAAGAGCUACAGCCCCUACGACAUGAAGGAGAGCAUCAGGAAGGAGGUGAAGGGAGAUCUGGAGAAGUCGUUCCUCACUCUGGUGGAGUGCUUUGAAAACAGGCAGCUGUACUUCGCCAACAGACUCAAUGAAGCCAUGAAGAGUAAAGGAGCGAAGGAGAAGGUGGUGACCAGGAUCAUCGUUUCUCGCUGUGAAGUCGACCUGAUCAAGAUCAGAACAGAGUUCAAGAAGCACUUCAAGAGGUCGCUGUACCAGACCAUCACUGAGCACACCAAAGGAGACUACCAGAAAGCUCUGCUCAGUCUGUGCGGAGGAGACGACUGAAACUACAUUUCCCAGAGGGCCGCGGGGGCUUAAACCGUCAGAUGAAAUCCUUCACUGUUCUGAGAUUAAACAUGUUUGUCUCCGUGAUCGACAUCAGUUUGUGGAAUAAAAAAAAACGAGAAAAGAAAUAA